AUGUUUCUACGCCGCUGCACCUUUCUGCUGCUGCUCUGUCUAAUUGCGAGUGACGCCGCCAGUGCCGCACGCAAAACAAAACGUCCUGUCAAGCCGGUCAAGCAGACCGUUCCGCGCAACAAUGUGACGCCCUCGCCGCUGGCUGCCACACCGGGCAACAAUGGUAGCUCCACCACCGCCAGCAGUAGCACCACCACCAGUACCAGCACCACCACAACGGACGGCAGCAGCGACCAGGUGGCAGAGUUAGCCACCAAUGGAGCAGGAUCUGCUGCAGCAGCUGGAGCUGGAGCCGGUGAGCUGCCCAAGCCCCUGGUCACGCCCAUUGAGUCGCAGCCAGAGGCCAAGACGGACAAGGCCCCAGCCGUCCUGCAGGAGGAGGAGUGCGAUCCAGAUAUGAUUGGUUUUGAGAUCAUUACCGGCUAUGUGCUAUCGGCCCCCUCGAAAAUGCUGGACACUUUGCCGGGGACCCUGAUGCUCACCGACUGCCUGGAGGCCUGCCAGAGCAACGAGUCCUGCAGCGCUGUCAACUAUGAAACCGGCUUGUGUGUGCUUUUUAAGACGACCGCCGAUAAAUUGCCAGGUUCACUUUCACGCUCGCAGUUUCCGGUUUUCACCAUCUACGCACAGAAAUCGUGUUUGGGCGUGCGUCCUUGCUCCAAGGCCUGGUGCAUUGAUCGCGUUCAAGGUUACCGCCUGCCGGAGCACGUCAAAUCUAGUCAGACGGUUCUAUCGCGACGCGAUUGUUUGGAACUGUGCCUGGGCGAGUCCGAAUUCACAUGCCGCUCGGCCAACUAUUACCGCCACUCGGGUCUGUGCGAGCUCUCCGACAUGGAUCGCAUUACCCUCUCAGCCGGUGGGAGUGUGGAACCCUAUGAUGGAGCUGAUUACCUGGAGAACAACUGUGCCGAAGAGCCUAGUAAACUGUGUGAAUUUAAGCGCAUUUCUGGCAAGAUCCUGAAGACAGUGGACUCGGUUUACCAGGACAUCAAUACCAUUGACGAGUGCCGCGAUCUCUGCCUGAACUCUCCCUACAGAUGCCACUCGUACGACUAUAAUGACACUGGAGACAUGGUUUGCCGCCUGUCGCAUCAUAGCCGAGCCACCCUCACCGAUGUGAUGGAUCCCUACCUGGAAGUGCCCGAGGCAGCCACCUAUGAACUCUCGGCCUGCUAUAAUGUCUCGAUUGAGUGUCGCUCCGGCGAGAUGAUCACCAAGAUUCGCACCUCCAAGCUCUUCGAUGGCAAGGUCUAUGCCAAGGGAGCACCGAAAUCCUGCGCCGUGAAUGUGAACAACUCUUUGGAGUUUGAUUUCCGCAUGGGAUACAAUGACCUCGAGUGCAAUGUCCGCCAGAGUGCCUACGGCAGAUACAUGAACGAUAUUGUGAUCCAGCAUCAUGACAUGAUCGUCACAUCCUCGGAUCUGGGAUUAGCCGUUUCCUGCCAAUACGACCUGACCAACAAGACGGUGCUUAACGAUGUGGACCUGGGAGUGACCGGCGAGAUUGAGUCGUCGCUGAGCGAGGAGAUCACCAUAGAUUCACCCAAUGUGAUCAUGAAGAUCACCUCACGGGAUGGCAGUGACAUGAAACGCAUUGCCGAGGUCGGUGAUCCGCUGGCCCUGCGCUUCGAGAUCGUUGAGCCGAACAGCCCCUAUGAGAUCUUUGUGCGGGAGCUGGUGGCCAUGGAUGGUUCGGACAGCGCCGAGAUAACGCUGAUCGAUGCUAAUGGCUGCCCCACCGACCAAUACAUCAUGGGCAACAUCCAGAAGCUGGCUCACAACCGCAAGGUGCUGCUCUCGCAGUUCGACGCCUUCAAGUUCCCCUCCAGCGAGGUGGUUCAGUUCCGUGCCCUCGUCACGCCCUGCAUCCCGCGCUGCGAGCCCGUCAUUUGCGAUAGCGAGGAUGGCGCCAGCGGUGAGCUCAAGUCCCUGGUCUCCUAUGGCCGCAAGAAGCGAUCGGUGCUCAACGGAACGGAUGGUGCCGAGUUCAUGGUCAGCACACGCCAGCGACGGGAUGUUGGCCCUGCGGAUGAUAACAUACUGCUCAUGCAGUCCAUACAAAUCACAGACAAGUUUGGCUUCCAGCCUGAGGACGGCACCACCACCAAUGGCAGCGGCAAUGACAGCGGCACCGGAUCGGGUCCACACGAGAAGGCCUAUGCGGGCGUUGCCCAGGACAAGCUCACUUGCCUUAAUGGCUAUGGACUAAUCAUGGCCGGAGGACUCUUUUUGCUGGCCCAGCUCAGCAUUUUUGGCAUCUGGAAGACCGUUCAGCGUCGCACCAGCAAGGAGCGGUAUCUGUAUCAGCAUGAGCCCACGCCCACCAUUACCUAUGGAGCACCCACCAUGCUCUAUGGCCCACCGCCACCAUCCUCCGCCGGCUCCUCAUCGGGAGCGUCUUAUGUGGGCAGUGCCAAGGAUACGCUGAGCAAGCUCUAUGAUAGUGGAAUUAAUGGACGCUAUGGACAACAGUUCUAG